AUGACUACCUUGCAGUUUAUUCAGAUAAAGGAUUUAAAACCUGGCAUGAAGAACAUAAAUGCAGAGUUUAUAGUAUUAGAGGUAGGUCCACCGACACUCACUAAAGAGGCUAGAGAAGUGCGGACUUUGCGCGUAGCUGACGCCACUGCUUCCGUGAAUCUCUCUGUGUGGGAUGAGCCUGGCGCGCUACUACAGCCCGGAGACAUCGUGCGUCUUACACGCGGUUACGCGUCUCUCUGGCGCUCAGCGCUUACUUUGUACUCUGGAAAGUCUGGAGACAUUCAGAAAGUGGGCGAAUUCUGCAUGCUGUUCAACGAGCAAGUAAAUAUGAGCGAGCCGCAGCCGACGCCGCCACCACCGGCUGCCGGCGCUGCGACCGCAGCUGCGGACCGAUCCAACGGGGCGCACGUUCCACUGCGGCCGCUCCAGGCUCCCUCCGCACCUGCUCCUCCGCACGCUGCUAAGACGGAUCGUUUCGCGCCCGCACAGGACCACACUGGCAAACACACGCACAAAACAUACGUGCGCGGACGCGGCCACCAGCGAGGCAACAACCGGAGGUAG